CCUCGGCCCCUUUGUUCUCGCGCGCUCCCCCUGGCCGCCCACUCCCCUGCUGUCGUGCGGCGGCGGCUCCUCCCGCCGAGGCAGUCGGGCUCAGCGCCGGGGGCGGGAGGGGGCGGGGGGAGCGCGCCCGCCGCCGGGAGUGGGGGGCGAUGGCGAAGCUCCGGGUGGCUUACGAGUACACGGAAGCCGAGGACAAGAGCAUCCGGCUCGGCUUGUUUCUCAUCAUCUCCGGCGUCGUGUCGCUCUUUAUCUUCGGCUUCUGCUGGCUCAGUCCCGCGCUGCAGGAUCUGCAAGCCACGGCGGCCAACUGCACGGUGCUGUCGGUGCAGCAGAUCGGCGAGGUGUUCGAGUGCACCUUCACCUGUGGCGCCGACUGCAGGGGCACCUCGCAGUACCCCUGCGUCCAGGUCUACGUGAACAACUCCGAGUCCAACUCCAGGGCGCUGCUGCACAGCGACGAGCACCAGCUCCUGACCAACCCCAAGUGCUCCUAUAUUCCUCCCUGUAAGAGAGAAAAUCAGAAGAACUUGGAAAGUGUCAUGAAUUGGCAACAGUACUGGAAAGAUGAGAUUGGUUCCCAGCCAUUUACUUGCUAUUUUAAUCAAUUUCAAAGACCAGACGACGUGCUCCUGCAUCGCACGCAUGACGAGAUAGUCCUCCUGCAUUGCUUCCUUUGGCCCCUGGUGACGUUCGUGGUGGGUGUUCUCAUUGUGGUCCUGACCAUCUGUGCCAAGAGCCUAGCAGUCAAGGCAGAAGCCAUGAAGAAGCGCAAGUUCUCUUAAGGGGAGUCGGCUCGUGGGAAGUGAAGCCCAGCAGCUGCUCUCGUCUGCACACAUCUACCUGCAGAGCCUGCUUCCCGGCCCAGGAGAUGGAAGGGGCUGUGAGAGGUCUCCGAGAGGCUCCCCCUCAAUGACAGGAGAAGCAGGCACAACUGGAAGACCUGGAACCUCGUCGAUUGUUUUCCACGUGUCGUAGCAAUAGCUGCAGGGUCAAGCUCUGAGCUGUAUGGAGUAUCUGUUUCAGAAAAUCCUAUGGAAGUUAAUUUUCUUCGGGGAAGUAACAGUAUAUAAUUGUACAGUGUAGAAUACAAACUAUUAUGAUUUAUGCUACCUAAAAAUAUUAAAAUAGAGUGGUCUGUG